AUUGCUGUAACGAAAAAAACGAGCUAAAGAAAAUAAUACCGUAUUUAGCACGUAGUAUUCAAUAUAUCAAUUAAAGUAGAUUGUGAUUGAAGGUGUACAUUCUUCAGAACGAAUCCAACCCUUAUAAGCCUUUCACCUGAAAAUGAAUAACUUACUGAUUCCUCCUUCACCAAAUUGGUAUGAACCAAAUAUUAUGGCUUGUACCAAAGACAAUACUGUUUGUUAUGCAAGUAUGGACAAUUUAAUUAUAAUUAAGAAUAAACAGAACAUAAAUGAACCUGCUAAGAUUAAAAUAAUUUCACACGCUCACAUAGAAAGAAUUUUUGCAGUAACUGCAAAUCCAAAUUGGGCAGACCCUGAUAAACUGAUAUUAAGUAGUGGUAGUGACAAAUUGGUUAAAUUAUGGGAUGGAGAUACUUACAAGAGAGUUGCUAAACUCAAUACGCAUACAACAACAGAUGCUAAAUUAGUUGGGGCUACAUUUGCUGGAAAGGAUAAAGUAGUCAGUGUAUCUGAAGAUGGCUUUAUAACUAUAUGGAGAUUUCGAAGCAAUGAAAAAAAUGUUUUAAAGAACAUGUUUGGAUCUAAAGUACAUGUAACAGCAAUAUCUUCUUGUCCCCAUGCUCCUUGGCUCGCAGCAUUUGGCUUUAAAAGUGGGAUGAUUGUGAUUGCUGACAUGAGAAAAGAAGGAACUGUAAAAUAUAAAUUAAGAGGACACGACCGCGCGAUUUUAUCUUUAUCUUGGUGUCCAGCACCAUUAAAUUUCUUCCCAAAAACAAAACCAAGAUCAAUUAAAGUCGCUGCAGACAAAGUUGAGGAAAAAGUUGAUAAUGUGAAAGUAGAUAAAGAUCCCGUUGCAGAACCAAAACCAUGUACAUCAACGGAUGAUUUAAAAUCAGCGGAAAAAACGGAGAGAACUUUUUACAAACCCAAAAAGAACAAUCCUUGGGUUAAUUUGAAACACGCCGAUGAUGAUGAAAUUGAGCCAGAGGAAGUUCCUGAAGUCACGAAGGAAAGUGGCGAUUUCUUAGCAGAUUGCUUGGCUCUACAGCAAAAGAUUAUAUCUACGAAAGAUACUGAAAUAGAAGAAUCUGAGGAGGCGGAAGAGGAAAAGAAGGAAACAAACAAAGAACGUAAGAUUAUUAAGGCAAAAAAGACCUUACCACAAAAGGAGUUUGAUAAUGACAUCAAAACUGAUGAAGAUAAGUUACAAAAACGAGAAAAUUUUAAAAGCGAUGACCAAAAACUGAAAGACAAACAUAUUGAAACUGACGAAGAUAAACUUAGCCACAUGAUAGAGAAUGUUGAUAUCAAUGAAGAAUAUACAAAAGAAUUCCUGCUAGCAUCUUCAGCAAGAGGAGGACCUAUAUUUAUAUGGAGAGCAGGAACUGAUGGAAGAAUGCAAUUGAAAUUAGCAACAAAUGCUAAAAAACAACAAAAUUAUAGAAGAUACAGUAACCAAAAUGAUAAGAACUUUGUUACCUUAAACUGGAUUGCUCCUAAGAUUUUGUUAUCAUCUGGUAUAACUGGUGAAUUAUAUAAAUGGGAUUUAAUGGGUGAUGGACUACCGAAAGUUGUUCAUAAUAAUCACCCACAACAGCUUUUCUGCAUUGCUGCUCCAGUGCAGAUCUAUAAUGAAGUGGAAACGACUAACGAGUUAGGCGCUUGGACAACGGGAAUAGAUAGAAUGUUGUUCUACACUAAUAUUAACCAUAAACAAGAUACCAUAAAAUGCUAUCCCACGCUUGGAAAUUCUGUUUUAGCUAUGUCGUUAUCUCCUUUGGAUCCAAAUCGAUUGGCUUUGACUCUGGCAGAUGGUACUAUACGAAUUUGGGAUCUCAGCAAACCACAUAUACAGUACAUAGAUAUGAUUCAAAUUAAAUUUAAAAAUAACGUGAAAAUUAUGUCUCUUGCAUGGCAUCCUACUCAAGAUUCAAUUUUAGCCUUUGGAACAGAGGAAGGAAGAGUUGCAUUUAUUAAUACGAUAAAUUUAACUAAACCUCCUACGCUAUUACCACGUUAUUUUAGACAACCGAUUCAAUGUUUAGAAUUUGGACCGCAUAAUGGAGAUAUGGGUUUAUAUGUGUGUUCUGAAGGAAAAGUGGGUAUUUAUGAAACAGAAAAACCGCUUAAUGAUCCGAAUCUUCUUGAGUUUACUUCUAUUGCGAACGCAUACGUAACUCAAUUUGCAUGGAAACCAGACUAUUCUCUUUUGGCGAUUGGUUUAAAAAGCGGAGUUAUAAUGAUUUAUACUGCAGAACUGAAAUUUAUACGAUCCAUUUAUUACCAUCAAAAGGCAAUUGAAACGUUUGCCUGGCAUCCACAGGCUACUAUGGAAGAUGAAGAAACAUCUCCUAAUGCUACUUGGUUAGCUUCAACAACUACAACUGAUACUAAUGUUGUUAUAUAUAAAUUAGAUGAUGUUACUAAAGACGAUUUUGAUGUAUCGAAAUCAAUAGUUGCCGAAUUGUCUGGUCAUUUAAAAUUUGUUCGAAAGAUAUUCUGGAGUCCACACGAAAAUGGACGCCUGUGUACCGUAUCUGAUGAUGGCACAGCACGUAUUUGGAAUGCGAAUUCACCUAAUUCUACAUCUGUUUUUAUGAACGUUAACGCAGAAUCUAUUAAUGCAGGUGUUUGGAGUCCAUUAGAUAAGAAAUACAUUAUUUCGAGUGGUAAAGAAAGUUCAAUCAUUAUAUGGAAUAUCGAUGAACAUGGUCCUAAAUCUAUAGAAGAAAUUCAUAUACAGAGAAACAAACGGAAAAUUUUGAUACAAAAUAUUGUGAAUCAAACUCGCAAUGCAAACCCGAAGAGCAAGGAAAUUGUCUGUAUAGAUGAUAAGAAAAAAGUAACAAGGGAUGUAGCAAUCUCUUUGGUUUCCAAAAGUCAGAGGGAUAUCGAUGAUAUACUUAAAGAUUGUCGUAACUUAAUUGCUCACAGAGAAAACCCUGAUAGCAACGAAAAAAGUUCAGUGUUAAAAUUGUUUGGAACACCUGAAAAUUUGUCAGAGCUUUUACAUGAACAGAUGAACGAAAAUCUAGCCAAACAUAAAUAUACUGGGUUUGUAAAUGUCGCAUUGUAUAAUGGAAAUAUAGGCGACGCGAUAAAGGAGGCGAUGCAGAAGGAUCAACUGAAUCCUUGGCUAAUCAGUUUAGCUCCGAUGGUUUCUCCAAAGUUAUGGCAAGAUGCUUGUUUGGCAUAUGCGCAGAAACUAUCCGAUUCUGCAAAAGCAGAUCCACUUGAAGCUGCCUCGUACUUUUUGGCUUGUCACGAAAUCGAAAAGGCUAUCGAUGUUAUGUGCGUUGGUGGAUUUUAUCGGGAGGCUUUGGUGCUGGCAAAGAGUCGAAUGCCAACAAACACUAAACUUGCCGAUGACAUAAUGGGCAAAUGGUCUACUUUCUGCCUCUAUAACGGUAGAUUCGAUGUUGCAGCUCAAAUCUUUGUGGCUAUGGAUAAAUAUGAGGAGGCCGCAAAGAUGCUGUACAAAAGAUCCGACGUACAAUCGUUGGAAUUCGCAGCGGAAUUGGCUGAAAAGUCGGAAAAUAACGAUCUAUUAGCUUCCAUCACUUUCAGGCUAAACAGUUUCAAAGAUCAUGCACAUAAAGAGUUGAUUGAAAAAACUGAGGCACUUGCAGUGGACGAUGAAAAUAAGGAGAAUAUCGCUAAUUCGGAUAUUCAAAGUAAUGAAAGUACUGUAACCAAUGAUGAAGAAAAUUGAAAUUUCUUUUCUUAAGAAAAUAUAUAUCAGACAGGUGCUGACUAUUAUAUAGACUGAUUUUGUUAUUCUCUUGUUUAUACUAAUUACUUUUCGUUUAUUUUAUUGUUUAGAA